AUGAGGGAGGGGGGCACGCAACCCAGCACGGCCAGCCAGCGCCACUCCAGCACCCGGCCUGGGGGGCGGACGUCAGAGCCAGGGCCGCAAGGCAGAGGGACACUCACCGGGACCACUAGCGAGGCCACGCCACAGGCCAGGCCGGUGAGGAGGCGGCCCCCGAGCAGCAUCCACACGUCCCGGGCCGCGGUGCUGACAGCAAAGCCGGCCACGAAGGGCAGGGUGCAGAGCAGGAGGCUCAGCUUGCGCCCGGCGCGGUCCACCAGCCAGCCCCCCAGCACGCCCCCGGCCGCGGCGCCCAGGGCACAAGGUAAUUAUGUCCCUAUAUUUCUACAGUCUCCAAAAAAGGUUGGUGAUGACAUCGCCAAGGCAACCGGUGACUGGAAAGGUCUGAGGAUUACAGUGAAAUUGACCAUUCAGAACAGACAGGCCCAGAUUGAGGUGGUACCUUCUGCCUCUGCCUUGAUCAUCAAAGCCCUCAAGGAACCACCAAGAGAGAGAAAGAAACAAAAAAACAUUAAACACAAUGGAAAUUUCACAUUUGAUGAGAUCAUCAACAUUGCCCGACAGAUGCGGCACAGGUCGUUAGCCAGAGAACUCUCUGGAACCAUUAAAGAGAUCCUGGGGAUUGCCCAGUCUGUGGGCUGCAAUGUUGAUGGCCGCCACCCUCAUGACAUCAUAGAUGACAUCAACAGUGGUGCAGUGGAAUGCCCAGCUGUGAUUUCUGCAUCAGUGUCAUUUGGUUAUAGUAGGGGUGAAAGCCAGGGGAGGAGCAGCUAA